AUGGCACUCAACGCACACUACCGCGACAGAGCAAAUUUCCUUGAUCUACCUGGAGAGCUACGCAACGCCAUAUACACGUACUUCCUCCUUCUAAAACCAGAUUCUACCGACGCCAUCAAUCUCGUCAAUACUCAUGAGCAAGUCCACGAUGAGUUCGCGCCUCUGUUCAUGUCUCCGUCCAAUAGGCUAUGCAAUUUCGCCGUUGAUUUCCGAGAACUGAACAAUUACCUGCACGUCUUCUUCAUAAAGCGCCCGCAUGCCAGUCCACAAACGAUCAACCGUCACGUCUUCAUAAGCCUCCGCGCCUACGGGAUCGGUGAAGAACGGAAAAUUGACCUUCUUCGAUUGGUCAAAGUCCUGAAGGAAUUCCCUUCAUUCAGAAUGAACUUCCACCCAGGGCGCAUAAGGAAUGUCCUCAUCACGUCUUACAUGGUGGAAGAGAUACGCUCCGCGGUGUUGGUCUUGAGAAACAUGGACACGCGAAAAGCCGAAAGAGUGGUCUCCGCCGAGCUUGAAAUCUUCAUGCCGAAUGAGAAUCAGAGAGAGGCCAAGAUGCGACCGGCGGUAUUCGUCAACAUUACUGGAAAAAGACGAGCUGAGAAGGUGUCGUGGAAUAGUCGUUUGCGGCCCAGACGGCAGGAACAUGUGGGUAAUGGUCUUACUGAACUUGGAUUCACCGCCAACUUCAAGCUCCUUAAGGUGCGGAUCACCUGGGAAGACUGA